CAAAGUGCCGUCAAGCUGUUCUUCCCGUCUUGCUUGACCCCCCCGUCCUGUACAGGAUGAUCACAUUCCUGUACAGGUAUCAACUUCCUGGAUGUGUGUAUGAUGACAAAGCGAUGACAGAGUAAUUGUAACAGCAAAUUAAGAACUACUCAGAUAAACAUUGGGCAGCGGGUCAUGUGUUGGCGCUGAUCAGGCGCUGAUCGGAAGAUCCCAGUUUGGCAGGUGCCAUAGCAUGUCCAUUAGUAAGCUCAUUAUCUCCACAUACCUUACCAAAAUGUUUCUAAGAGAGCCCCAGGGGCCCCCCAAAAUCGUUAAUACCCCCUAUCCUGUGGGUAUAUAAAGAAGCUGUUUGCCUCACUGCAGUAGUACGCUGCUGACAGAUGCCAACAUUCAGGAAACGUCAACAUGGGAAGAAGCGAUAAAGAUGCCCACCAGUGCUCCCACUAAGAGAACCAUGCCUGCAACCGGUGGACCUGAAAAUAUCCUGAGGGACUACAAGCCCAACAUCCCUGAGCCCACAUGCAGAGCUGACCUUCUGACACACUGGAUCGACCUUUCCCUGGAUGAAAAGACAGCCAAUAAGAUGCUGUGGAUCACAGAGGGUGGAUCCAAGGUGUCACGCAAGACUGAUGAUGUCACUUGUCCCGUCCUGGACAGACCAGAGAGAUAUGAGCAUUCCCCACAGGUGCUUUGCAAAGAAGGAAUCUUUGGCUUCCGAGCUUAUUGGGAGGUGAAAUAUUCAGGAUGGGUGGUCGUCUCAGUCGCCUAUGAAGGGGCGGGGAGGAGGGGAAGCGACGGACAAUGCGGGUUUGGAGAGAAUGAGCAGUCCUGGGGUCUUGGGUGGGGUGGAUCCCACUACCAGGUGUGGUUCAACGGCAAUAACACGAAACUCUGGGACAUUCCCCAGUGCACCACCAUCGGGGUUUACCUUGACCAGCCAGCUGGUGUCAUCAACUUUUACGCAGUAGAAGAAGCGAAGGAGGGAGAAGGGAGCGAAGUCAGACUGCUGCAGCAGAUUAAGAGCUCCUUCAAGGAGAAGAUGUUUCCAGGUUUCUGGGUGGGACAAAAUUCAUCAGGUUUCUUAGUGAAACCAGAGGAGUAGAAUAACCAUUACCAUUUUCUUACAUUUUCAGUUAAUCGUCAUUUUCAAAUACACAUCUGAAGCUUUAAAUAUGUUUAUCUGCAAUGCAUAUUUUGGGAUAAUGCCAGACAGCCUAUUCUAAAAACCAAAUCUUUGUAUAUAGAAACACAUAUUUAUCAAGAAGCUGCUAUUUGUUGUGUAUCAAUAAUGUGUUCAUUUGAGUGGUGUCACAUAUACAAACAUGUUGUAUACAUGAUGCAGCGUUGUGUACUGUAUAUUCUCGUGUCAUGUUCUGCACUUUCCAAAUCAAAAAUAUUA